GAGAGCAUUUAGCGUCGCUUUGUGAAUUAAAAAUCUACAACUGAGCAAUAUAGAUUUUUUUUUGCGAAUACUCAGUGUAGAUGUUUGUAUUUGUAUGACUUUGUGGCUAUUAUUUUAAUGACGGCAUCAGAUGGCAAUUGGAGAUACGCUUCAAGCAUUUGCUGUUAGUCGUCUAUUGGUAAAGAUCGUGAACGGUUUAACUCGGAUCGUUUCGUGAACUGUAGGUCGCGCGCGCGAAAAAAUACACUCAAACAAUCGAAACCCUGCACCUUAUAAACAUAAUACUUAGUAGCCGGGGCUUUUGUGUGGUAUCCACAUAAACGCAGACGCCAAAUAAUUACAAAUAUUGAAAUAUUAAUUGAUUAUGAAAAACAAGUGCCUGUACAGUUGUGAUUAAUUUAUUGCAAAAUAUUUGAAUACUUACAUACAAGUACCCUUAAGUGAGCACUCAUGAGUCUUCUGAAAGGCAUAGACUUUGAACGUGUCAGUAGGUGACGUAUACGCAACGUGUGAUAACCAUAAACGCGUGCAUAUACACAUGUUUGUAUACAUGCGCUACGUAUAAAAGUACUUUGCAGAUAUAAAGUCAGCGGCGUCAUUAUCAAAUACAAGGGAAAACUAAUUACUUUACAGUUAUAUCGAAAAACCUUCUUGACACACAUAGAUACAUACAUAUGUAUGCUUAUGGCAGUGCAUAAACUUUCGACUGUGACAAAAAAGACAACAAAUUAACCAAAAGCUGUAUCAGCAAAAUAACAAAGUUUAUUGCCAUAGCUGCGGCAGCACAUCAUGCCACCAACGGAAACCACAAAUUAAAGUCAUAGUCUAAUAUUCGCUUUACCAGUACAACAAAUUCUAGCAAAGAAUUCAAAGAGUAUUCAAUCUAACACUAAUUUUGACGUAUACCGCAGACGGUGAAGUGGAGAGGUUGAUUAGCUUCUAGCUUGUGCGAUAUUCUAGUGAACUUGGUAACAAUUUGUCAGAGUCGUCAGGCACAUUUAAGCCAAGCGAACUUUCUGAAGGUCUUUCACACAAAGCGAACAUACGAUUUGCUCUUUUGGCGCCCAUGCGGACACGCACACUGCAGUAAAACACACGUAUACAUACAACUAGAUAUAAUUAACAAAGCAAGGAAUUGAGUUCUUUUGGUGGAUGGUUAAAUUUUUCGGCUGCUACCUGCUCGCAGUUUGUAAAGAUAAAAUAUUUACGCAAAAUUCACCUAUUUCUUCUUUAAAACAGACAUCAAAAUGAGUUAUGAUGACGUCAUCAAUUAUUUGGGCGAUUUCGGCAAAUAUCAGAAACAAAUUUAUUUUUUGCUCUGCCUGCCGGCGAUUUCAUGCGCUUUCCACAAGUUAGCUGGCGUAUUCCUUUUAGCGCGCCCAGAAUUUCGUUGCCUACUGCCGUUUGAGAAUCCGUUAAAUGCAACAUAUGACUCUUUUCCGCCCGAACAUUGGAAUCUGACUUAUCCUAUAGACCCACUAACCGGUCAAUUUCAGCGGUGCGAAUAUUAUAAUACUGACUAUAGAACGGACUAUUUGGAGACGGCUACCACGCCGGCGACAGCCAAUGGCACUAUCAAAUGCAGCCACUAUGUCUACGAUCGUUCAAGGUACGAGAAUAGCGCGGUCACCGAGUGGGAUAUGGUGUGUGCACGUGGCUUACUGACUGCCACAAGUGACAGCCUAUUUAUGCUUGGCGUGUUGCUAGGCAGUAUUAUAUUUGGACAAAUGUCGGAUAAGUAUGGACGCAAACCAAUUUUCUUUGCUUCUCUGGUUAUACAAGUUAUCUUCGGCGUACUGGCUGCUAUUGCUCCCGAGUACUUUACCUAUACCAUAUCACGCAUGGUUGUGGGCGCCACAACGUCCGGUGUCUUUUUGGUUGCCUAUGUCAUCGCUAUGGAAAUGGUGGGCUCGACUUAUCGACUUUUCGCCGGCGUCACUGUACAAAUGUUCUUUUCACUUGGUUUCAUUUUAACAGCCGGUUUUGCAUAUUUCAUACACGAUUGGCGUUGGCUGCAAAUAGCGCUCAGUUUGCCUGGUCUAUUAUUCAUGUGCUAUCAUUGGGUCAUACCGGAAUCGGCCAGAUGGUUACUCUCUAAAGGUCGGAAAGAAGAGGCGAUUGUUGUUAUUGAGAAGGCGGCACGCAUAAAUCGUGUAACCAUACCCAGUGAGCUGUAUGACAAUCUAAUCGAUGAAGCAGCUGAGCGUGAGAAAAAAGAUGAUAUUUUGUCUGAAGGCGCAGAUGAAAAGGCACCCACCGUAUUCGAUCUGCUGAGAUAUCCGAAUUUGCGUAAGAAAACACUGGUCAUACUCUUUGAUUGGUUUGUGAACAGUGGCGUGUACUACGGGCUAUCGUGGAACACGAAUAAUCUUGGUGGCAAUGUUUUGUUUAAUUUCAUGAUUUCUGGUGCAGUUGAAAUUCCCGGCUACACAUUCCUCCUAUUUACGCUAAAUCGUUGGGGUCGCCGCACAAUACUUUGCAGUUGUAUGCUGGUCGCUGGCGGUGCUCUGUUGCUGACUAUAAUUGUACCGGCAAACAAUAAUUGGCUCAUAAUAUUAUUUGCCAUGAUUGGCAAAUUGGCUAUUACCGCAUCGUAUGGCACUAUAUAUAUUUUCUCAGCGGAACAAUUUCCUACAGUGGUGCGCAACGUGGGUCUAGGCGCAUCGUCAAUGGUGGCACGUGUUGGCGGCAUCUUGGCGCCAUAUUUAAAUUUAUUGGGUGAAAUAUGGCGUCCUCUGCCUUUAAUCGUGUGUGGCUUCUUGGCAUUCUUUGCUGGUCUCCUGUCUUUAAUGCUGCCCGAGACGCUUAAUAAACCAAUGCCUGAAACAAUUGCCGACGCCGAACAGUUCGGAAAACGUACGCGCAAUACUGAGUUCGGCGAAGCUGGCGGUGAGGAGUUAGCAAGGAUUGUUACACCCGAGGAGAAAAAUUACGUUGCGAAUGGAAAGUCUGCAUGAUAAUAUUGUCUAUGUUUGUUAAGGGAAUUUAUAUCAAUACGAGUAUACCGUUAUCUUAAUAUGGAAGUUUCUUAAAUGAUACAACAUAUUAAUUCAAAGCGAAUUAUUAUUUUAAGAAAAAAGUUAAAUAAUUUAAUCAAACGAUAAUGCAUGCACAAACCGCACUUUGGAAUUUUUCAACUUAAGGUAACGGUAUACAAACAUUUAUCAUUAGGAUUACUAUUGUAUAACUCUGGAAAACUUUCAAAAUUACCAAAGAAUUUUUAUAUUUAAAUUUGCAUAGUGAGAAUUCCUAACUACUACAUUACUUUACAUCAAUUAGUAAUUACAUUAAUGUUAAUUUAAUAUUGCUGCUCUCCAAAAUAAAAAUUUAUCUCUAAAAAUAUACAUUUUAAUAAAGACAUACUAUAAGAAUUAUGUUAUCACUUACAAACUAUGUGAGUAACAUUUAUUGCAACUAACCACAAUAUUACGUGCGCUCUCAAAGCGACAGUUGAACCUCCACAACUCGUACUUCUAUAACUCGAAGUUCUAUACUCGUAUAAAAUUGUUGAAUUGGCAACAGAAGUAAAAUUUUAUAUAAAUUUCCUUCCAUAACUCGAAGUUUUUUUUGUAAUAUGCUCGUUGGUGUUAGCUGUUCAACUGUAUUUCUAUAAAUGGUACGUAUGUACAUGUAUAUGUAUGUAUGUAU